GCCAAAAUGGCCGUUUCAGUGAGCGUCACACAUCAAAUCAACUUUGAAUAAAACCUCUGAUUUCUCAAUGACUCAGAGCUAAUUUCAUCUUUUUUGAGAUCAGCAUCAUGGACAUGUCAAAACAAGGGUCCAACAGGCACACCUUGCCACCUGUCAGUGUGAGGCAGCAGUCUAUUGGACACCAUUUUGCACCUCACUUGUCAUCCCCACAGCCUAAAACUCCUGUGCCCCAGAGUCCAGCCGUUGCUCCAGGCAAGGGCAACGGCCAGCAACAGAGUCCGUUUCAGCAGUUUCCCGCACACCAUGGGCAACACCAGUCAGCAGGACCUCCACAUCCGCAUCAGCAGCAGCCACAUCAGUCAAACAUCUCUGGUGCCACAUCUCCUCCUUCUCAGAUGCCCCAUAGCCCGGACCCUUCCCAUGAUCUUCCCAUGGAACUACUUCAAAAGGGAUGGCGUCGAUUCUGGAGCAAACGCGAACAACGCUGGUACUACUUCAACAAGUUUACCAACCAAUCCAUGUGGGAGAUGCCUCCCAUUGGAAGCCCAGCUGGAGCCAGUAAGCAUGAUCCUUUAGGGAUUCAGAUCACCGAGGGCAAGGCUCAACAUCCCACCCCUCUUCCGGCUGGCUCCCCAGGACUAGCCCCUGUCAGAAGGAAGUCGUCUGUGGAUGGUCACCCUCUCAGUCCAACUAUGAGAAAGGAUAUGCUUAAAGGCCUGUUUUGGGAUUUUACUUUGGAAUCAAAUGUCACAAUGCAAGAGCGAUUUCCCUGUACCAUGCCUCCACCACACAAUGACAUGGAAUUGAUGAGAAAUGUGUUGGUCAGUAAGCUGAGACAACAGUAUCAGGAACUCUGCAUGGCAAGAGAAGGUAUUAAUGCCCCCAGUGAAUCGUUCAACCGCUGGUUACUUGAAAGGAUGGUUGUGGAUAAAGGCAAGGAUCCUAUGCUACCAAGCCAGUGUCCUGACCCAGUUUCACCUUCUAUGAUGAGAGAAAUCAUGAGUGACAUUCCAAUCAAGUUGUACAGGCCGAAUCUUCAUUCUACUGCCAGGAAACUUCUUUCCAAGUAUGCAGAGGCUGCAAAGAAAAUGAUACAGUCCAGGCCUGCUUCAUCAGAAAGCAGAAAGUUGGUGAAGUGGAACGCUGAGGAUAUCUUCACGUGGCUACGAAAGCAGCCAAACUGCACCAUUGACGAGUGCAUGAAACGGCUGACUUACCUGAAGGAGCAGUGUGGUCCCCAUCUCUGCGAGGUAGCAAGAAGUUCUAUUGAGAACAUCUGUGCCAAGGUAUACACCCUGUCCUGCGAUACAUGCGCUAAGCUCCAGAAGAAACACUGGGACAUCCUUAGGGAACACCAUAUUGAAGAGCCUCCACCGUUCACACGACCGCCAUCAGACAGAAAAAUGCGUUGUUACAACAUACAGAUGGCGGUUCAGAGCCCUCGAUUGCCAGCUGUAGAUGUCCAUGAAGAAGGUUCUGUCACGUGUCUGAGAUAUAAGGGAGAGAUGAUGAAGAUCAAUACGCAACAUAUGAUGAAACUAGAUGCCUUGUACCAGUUCAACUGCCGAGAUGACCCCACCCGACACAAUUUCUUGCCAAGAGUUUGGUGCUUACUAAGGAGAUAUCAGACCCUGUUUGGUGUAGGAGAGAAUGAAGGCCAUAAUCUUCAAGGAGCCCUUUCCUCAGGAGUCUUCAAAGCUAUCAAUGAACACUUUGGAGUCACCUUUGAAUGCUUUGCCUCGCCCCUCAAUUGUUACUUCAAGCAAUACUGUUCAGCUUUCGCCGAUACAGACAGCUUCUUUGGAUCGAGAGGGCCAAUCUUGGACUUCUUUCCAUUCAGUGGAUCAUUUGAAGCCAACCCACCAUUUGGAGAGGAACUCAUGGAAGCUACAAUCAUUCAUUUUGAGAAAUUGUUGGAGAGAACCACAGACCCACUGUCUUUCAUUGUCUUCACUCCUGAUUGGAGGGAUCCAAUAACUAAUGGACUCAAGAUGGCUGAAGCCAGCAGAUUUAAAAGGAGACAGGAGGUCAUCCCAGCCUAUGAGCAUGAAUACCGGAGUGGCAACCAACAUGUUGUCCCAGAGUCUAGUGUUAGCUGGCGUGCAGCACAUGGAACUAUGAUGAUCUUCCUGCAGAACGAUGAGGGUAAUCGGCUGUGGCCUCCUACUGACGAAGGAAUCCAAGCGGUAAUGGAUGCAGCCAAACCCAAAUCAGCGCCAUCUACCCCAAUUAGGAAACGUGCAUCAGAAGAUCAAGAGCUGUCCCCGCCAAGGAAGAAACUACCCCUGGAGAGCGAGUUCAACGGUAAUGGCAGUAAGGCUGAAUCAAGCUACAGUAAUGACAAUCACAGUGGUUCUAUGUCAUCAUCAUCAUCAGAUGGAGAAUCAAGGAAAGACUCGAUGGCGGGUGCGUAUGGUGCAGCGCCCUCGUACAGUCCUGCUAUGUCAGCAAGAGAUGCGACACAUGCUAAUGACAGAGAGCACAAAAGGAACUCCCCACGUGGAGCAGCAGCUGAGCAUUCGUCUACAUCCCCUUUUGUUAACACCCUCGAGAAACAGGACGUCGAUAACACGAACAAGAGCUGGUUUCACAAUGUGAAGCCUGUUGAAACCAGUCAUGAUACAGGUCAAGAUCGAGUAAGCUAUGGUAGAAGCAAUAGCAAUGAGGGUUAUGGUGGGUCAGUAAUCAUGCACACAAGUCCAUUAAAGACGGACGGGGUAAGCCCCAUGAAGCCUUCCUACAGCACUAGCUCACAAGAGUCUCCCAAAUCGGCUGUGAGCCCCGUCAAGAACAUGGACAACAGUAAAACCAGCAACCUUGGGGUCAUUAACUGGUUUGUGGAUACCAAAUCAAAGCCAACCCCGAUGAAGACCCUGGCAGACUACACUACUGGCAACACAACUGGCAAUUGGACCGAGGCAAUAAGGCCACUGGAAACUAAACCAGUGUUGACAGGCCCUGUGAAGUUUGAGAGUAAGAGUGGGAACAAGUGGACACCGAUCAGCAAGCCCACCCUUGGUAGCCCUGAGAAGGUGGAUGAAGGGAUCGAUGUUUAUGAGUGGAAGGAUGAUGAUGAAGAUACCCAACCAUUGAUGACCAGCCCUGUCAGGAAAGGGGCAAAGGCCAUUGGUAAGGGUGCUAUGAAACUGAAAGCAGUCAAGAGGUUGGACAGUACUCUCACCUCCAACCAAACAACCACCCAGAAGUCUACUGUGGUUGGGGGACGAGUGCUUAGAUCAAGGAGGGGAGAAUCCAAGUAAAGGUUCAUGUAGGCAAGGUGUGCAGCUUCCAGAUAGAUAUGUUUGAAAAUGCUCAAGGUCUGUUUUAAACCAGUCCAUUUUUUUAUAUAGCCUUUCAUUUCAGUAUUUGAAGUAAAAUGUCUCCCAAUGUUCUUGUUUAAUUGAGGUGAUACCUGGGAAUGUGUCUACCAACAGUUAUGAUGGACUUGAUGCCGCACUUGAAUUCCUAGUUGUGUGCAGUUAUUGACGCAGUUCCAAAUAGCUUUGAUCGUGCUCUGGAAUGUGUGCCAUAUACAUGUAAUGCAUACUAGUUGAAGGAAUAUGCACUUCAUGAGUCCAGUCAAUCUUAACUAUUUGUGAAACACACCCUACUGUAGAAUGAUGCCUCCCUGUGGUUCAAUCAACUACAAAUUAGGAAUACUUCAUUUAGUUACCUAAUUGAAUAGCUUCAUUGAUAGUAUUUACCAACUGCAUUCCCUGUAAAUAUGCCAGUAUUUAUGUUAGGGGUAAUAUGUACUACUCCUCUUUAAAUGAUACAAAGGUGCUUCGGAAUGUGAAGAACAAAUGUCUUUUGUUUUUAGUUUUUAUGUUUUGUAGCUGUAUUCAAGAUAUGACAUUUUUCAUAUUUGUUUAGAUAAUAUACAGUAUGAUAUAAAUGUAAAUAGAUGAAUGCAAAUAAGCAACAUUGGUUAACUUAAUGUAUAUUUGUGUGAAUAAUAUACAAAAUUACUUUCAAGAGAUGAUUGUAAAAAGUGCAAAUACAACUGCAUGCCACUUUUGUAUUUUCUUGCCAAUAUUUAUAUUGUUUAUCUCUUCUGUGAAAUUUGAAGGUCUAUGUUAUAAACAUUGGAUUUGUAAUUGUUAAGGUGAGUUUUUAUUAUUGAUUUUAUUACAUUUUAUUCAUAUCUUAAUUUUCACCUUUAGGAUUGAUAGAGUUUUCCUACUUUUACAUUGAAUUCACUUGAUAGAGAAAAG